AUGGAAGACAACGGACUGCGGCAACCAAACCGCUACAUCACGGGCCACAACGACGAGGGCAAGGCCAUUUUCUCACAAGAGCUGCCUGAACCUGCGUCAUGGCAACAGCUUGAGAGCGGUGUUGCUCGGUUUUCUCUCGGCUAUGCGACCAAAGGAUUUCCUGUCAAGCUGAACGAUGGAGCCGAUAUCGCGGUCUACAAGCGCUACACGGAGAACCUGCCUGGAAUCACCAUUCCAGGGGGGAGCGUCCUACGGUUUGUAGACAUGCGGCCGGGCGAGACCUCGCCGAUGCACCGGACCGUGAGCUUGGAUUAUGGCGUGGUUCUGGAGGGCGAGAUUGAGCUGAUUUUGGAUUCUGGAGAGACGCGGUUGAUGAAGCGUGGAGAUGUGUCAAUCCAGCGCGGGACGAAUCACGCGUGGAGGAACACGAGCAGUACCGAGUGGUCGAGGAUGCUUUAUGUGCUUCUGGAAGCGGAACCGCUCGAGAUAGGGGGAAAGCGGUUGACGGAAGACUAUGGUGAAGGCAUGGAUGAUGUUAGGCCGUCGAGCUGA